UUUGCUCACCACUCAAGAGUCAAGAUAAAAAAGCUAAUGUGUUGCACUUACAUCCAUAGGAUACUAUCCCCUCACUCUUUCUCUACCAUCAACACAUCCAUAAUGAGUGAGUGAGUGAGUGUGUGUGAGUUCCAAAAUUUCCAAGGAACAAAAACACAAAAACCUCAAACAUCCUAAAACCAAAAAAAAAAAAAAGGAAAAAAAAAUGAAGGUAAUUAAAGCAGCAAUAGGAGAUGCAAUUUUAACAUCAAUAUUUGUUUUCUUUAUCUCAACAUUGAGAAUUCUAUCUACAAAAACAUCUUUUUUCCUUAAUCUUGAACCACUUUCACUACCAGGCCUAUUCAUAACAACCAUCAUAAACACAAUCAUUAUCCUAACAAUAACCUUAAUUGGUAGAAUCUUAGGUGGUGCUAGCUUCAACCCUUCAUCCACUAUUUCCUUCUACACAAUAGGAUUAAGACCUGAUUCAUCUCUUCUCUCAAUGGCCAUUAGAUUUCCAGCUCAAGCAAUAGGUGGAGCCAUUGGUAUCAAAUCCAUCCUUCAAGUGAUUCCAACCCAAUACAAAGAUAUGAUGAAAGGUCCUUCUUUGAAAGUUGAUUUGCAUAAAGGAGCUAUAGUUGAAGGGGUUUUGACUUUUACUCAUAACUUGGUUAUUCUCUUUGUUAUGCUUAAGGGUCCUAAAAAUCCUUGGUUGAAAGUUUAUUUGCUUUCUGUGGUGACUUUGGUUUUGGUUAUUUUAGGUUCUGGUUAUACAGGACCUUCUUUGAACCCUGCUAAUGCUUUUGGAUGGGCUUAUCUCAAUAAUAAGCAUAAUACUUGGGAGCAAUUUUAUGUUUAUUGGAUAUGUCCUUUAAUGGGGGCUACUUUUGCUGCUUUGGUUUACCGUUUUGUGUUUAUGUCUCCAAUCAAGGAGAAGAAAGCUUGAGUUGACAGAGUCAUUGUUCUAAAUUGGGGUCAAUGCAAAAUCAAGAUAUUAUACAUUUGUUGAAGAUUUGUCAAGAACACCAACAAAAUUUGGUGACAAAUAUUUAUUCUUUUUAACCUAUAAUUGGUAUUUUAGCUUUUAUUCCUCAAGAUCAUGGAUAGUUAAGCAAUAUUUAUUCUUUUUAGUCUCAUUUACAUAUAGCUUCUAUCUAUUAAGAUAAUGGAUGGCUAUGUUGAAGUAAAAACUUUUUUAUAUGUGUUUUAAUGACAACAAACUUUACAAAAUAAAUGUU